AUGGGCGACCAUGUCCUUUUCUUCUACGGGACCCUCAUGGCGCCCCAGAUAUUGCACCGUGUGGUUCAUGGUCACCCAGACCCCGAACCUUGGCAAAAGGCCAUGCUACGCUUCCAACCUGCGGUGUUGAACGGGUACCGGCGCCAUCGUGUGCGGGGCGCAGACUAUCCGGGGAUUGUGCCAGCAACCGAGCCCUCCCCGCCAGGUUGUUCGUCUGUAGCAUCCGUACUGGGUACUUUAGUAUCUGGUCUGACAGACGGCGAUAUUCACCGUCUAGAUAUGUUCGAGGGCAGUGAAUAUACCCGAGAAACCGUCCAUGUGCACACGCUGCCUGAACCGUCGCAUCCAACCGAUGAGACGGGUUCAAGUACAGACGGGCAGUUGAAAGACGCGCUGGAUGCAGCUGGGUCUCAAGGUCAAAUCGAAGGGGAUAAGGUGGCUGCUGUCACGUAUGUGUGGGCUGCAGGCGUGGAGAGGCUGGAAGAGGCAGCGUGGGAUUUUGAGACAUUCAAGCGCGAGAAGAUGGCCUGGUGGGUCGAGGCGGAUGAGCGUGAGUGGUAA